AUGCCCGAGCUGGUGGUGACGGCGCUACUGGCGCCCUCGCGCCUCACUCUGAAGCUGCUUCGUGCCUUUAUGUGGAGCCUCGUGUUCUCGGCGGCGCUGGUGGCUGCAGCUGUCUAUGGCUGCAUCGCGCUCACGCACGUGAUGUGCCGGCCGCGACGCGGCUUUUGCGGGCGCCCCCGGCACACCCCACCGGUCUGCUUGACCGACCCCACGCUGGGAGAGCACUGCUUCCUGAUUCUUAGGAGCUCGGGCCUGCGCUUGCACUAUGUCUCUGCUGGACGCGGCAAAGGGCCUCUCAUGCUGUUUCUGCAUGGCUUCCCUGAGAACUGGUUCUCCUGGCGCUACCAGCUCUGGGAGUUUCAGAGCCGCUUCCACGUGGUGGCUGUGGACCUGCGGGGAUACGGCUCCUCCGAUGCACCAAAGGAUGUGGAUUGUUACACCAUCGACCUGCUGAUGGCAGAUAUCCAGGAUGUCAUCCUGGGCCUGGGUUAUUCCAAGUGUAUCCUCGUGGGCCAUGACUGGGGUGCACUCCUAGCCUGGAAUUUCUCCAUCUACUACCCAUCCCUGGUGGAGCGAAUGGUAGUGGUCAGUGCUGCCCCCAUGUCAGUGUACCAAGACUACUCUUUGCACCACAUCGGCCAGUUCUUCCGUUCCAACUACAUUUUCCUGUUCCAGCUUCCCUGGCUGCCUGAGAAGCUGCUAUCCAUGUCUGACUUCCAGAUCCUUAAGACCACCCUCACCCACCGCAAGAGGGGCAUCCCACAGUUGACCCCCAGUGAACUUGAAGCCUUCCUUUAUGACUUCUCACAGCCUGGUGGCCUCACUGGACCCCUCAACUACUAUCGAAACAUCUUCAGGACCUUCCCCCUGGAGCCCCAGGAGCUGGCCACACGCACACUGCUGCUAUGGGGGGAGAAGGACCCCUAUUUUGAGCAAGGUCUGGUAGAGGCCAUCAGCAGCCGUUUUGUGCCAGGCCGGCUCGAAGCCCACAUCCUGCCAGGCAUGGGGCACUGGAUCCCCCAGACCAAUCCUGUGGAAAUGCACCAAUAUAUGUGGGCCUUCUUGCAAGACCUGCUGGGCUGA